UAGUGACAUAUUACAAGUUGCUAUGCAGGAAAUGGCAUAAAUAGGCAGGAAAUAAGCUCUGCAUUACCUGUAGCCCCCUUAACCACAGCUCACUAGCUAACUGAUUGGACGUCGCUCCCAACGCUGAUGUGAAACAUGGCCGUAACAAAAGCAGGAAGUGUGUUCAUGGCUUUUCUCUUCUCUGUGGGAGUGAAACUGGCCCACAAUGGAUGGAGUGUGUCUUACACCCGGAAGCAAAUCUGUAUCUUGAAACGUUCAUCGGUGGACCUAACCUGCUUUUACACAUAUCCCAGUGGUAAUUUAGUCAUAUCAACAUUCUGGUUUAGUGCCAAACAAAGUGAUAAGUGGAGAGAUAAUUCGAUCCCAGAGGACCUAACAGAAGACCCAGGGUAUUCAGGUCGUGUGAAGUACCCUGGAACAGAAAGUGGUCACUCCACCCUGAGAAUCACAGACCUGAGAGAGGAAGACUCAGCUGAGUAUCGCUUCUCGUUUCAUAAACAGACUUCAGGGUUGGGUUAUAGCUUACCGGGAACAUCUCUUUCCAUCACAGGCCUGCAGGUGAAGGUGACAGGAAGUCAGAAACUGACACUGACUUGUAGCACCACCUGCCCUCUGAGUGACAACCCCACCUAUAUGUGGUACAUGAACGGACAAUAUUUACAAGAAGACAUCUUUCCCUGGUACCGAUACUUAGUCAGCAGUAAUUAUGCAGGUAGCUACUCCUGUGCUGUAAAAGGCCAUGAGAAUCUCCACUCUCCUGCAGUGUGUGUUCACGGUCACAACUGUCAGAGUGUCACUACUGUCAAUAGAAAUAUGUGUGCCUUAAAGGGGACAUCAGUGGACAUUUCCUGCACUUACACAUAUCCCAACGACCCCCAGAUCAGUAAAGCAUUCUGGUCUAAUAAAUGGGGGCCUAGAGGGGAUCCUGAAGAUCUGAGCCAGGACCCAAAGUAUAUGGGUCGUGUGGAGUACCGUAUUCCUGGAAAUAAGGAGAAUGACUGUACCCUGAGAUUCAGAGGUCUGAGAAUGAGUGACUCAGCUGAGUACAGGUUCACUCUCAGAAACAUUUUAGGAGGGAAGUUUGCUGGAACUCCUGUAUUGCUGACUGUCACAGAUGUCCUAUUGGAGUUGGGUCCCACAUCUGUGUCAGAGGGGGAGAGUGCCAUACUGAGAUGUAGAACCAAAUGUACACUGGGUCCAAACACAGCCUUUAUUUGGUAUAAGAAUGGACAGCCUAUACCAAACAACUAUCCCUACUCCAACAGCCUGUGCCUAAACCCAGUCAGCAAUGACGAUGCAGGCGGCUACUCCUGUGCUGUAGAUGGCCAUGAUGAUCUCCACUCUCCGGAAGUGACUCUCACAGUCAGAUACAAACCAAAGAGCACUUCAGUGUCAGUCAGUCCCUCUGGUAAGAUAGUGGGGGGCAGUUCAGUGACUCCCCCACUAACAUGCAACAGUGAUGCCAACCCACCAGUGCAGAAUUACACCUGGUUAAAGAGAAGCAUAACUUCACCAAUAGCUUCAGGGCAGAGUUAUACUAUCAAUAAAAUCAGCUCUGAAGACAGUGGAGAAUACUACUGUGCGGCACGGAACAUUUUAGGGGGAGAGAAUUCCAGUCUCAUUCCUAUUUAUAGUCCUGUUGCUUUUAUUUCGGCUCCUGUAGUGGGGGUAGGGGUGGGAGCUGUUUUGGCUGCUGGGGCGCUUGUCUUCACCUACUGCAUGCUGAAGAGAAGAUUCAGAGGAAGUGAUCAUUCCAUAACGGACACACACAGUGUCCAUGUCCAUCCUGACCCUAACAGUGACACGUACACAGCUCUGAUCAACAUCCAGUCCCCUGAAAAUGAAGAUUUAAGGGGCACCACCAGUGACACGUACACAGCUCUGAUCAACAUCAAGUCCCCUGAAAAUGACAAACAGGAAGGUGUAACACACACAGACCUUCAGAGAGAGGAUCAAAUCCCAGUAUAUGAAAACAUCCCAUUGUAUGAGACCAUCCUGAGAGUAGAACCACCACAGAGCCUGGACUGAAGGCAUUUGGCAGAGACCCAUGGUACCAAAGCAAACCUAGACCUCACAUACGCUCUUGCUUUUACUGUACAUUAUAUUGAUUUCUUUGGGAUGAGGUUAUUGAGCUUUAAUUUAUUAUUAAUUAUUCAAAUUAUUAAAAGCUGUAAGUGAAAUUAUGUAUUAAUAAUGGACAACUGUCCCAAGAUUAUGCUUCUGUACUUUCCCUAAAGGAUUUGCUUUUAUCGUGUUAGGAGAAGUUACUUAUUUUCCUGCUAUCAGAGAUAAAUGUACCUUACUUUAUAUUUUACAUAUUUUUUCAGUAUCAUACUAUUUAUACUUAUUUUAUUCUCAAAUGAUUUGUGAUAACUGUAGUUUAGUGUAAAUUACAUAAUCUUGUAAAUAAGCCCACGUUUUUAAAUGCAAUUCUUUUUUUAUUUUUUAUGAAUAGAGUGAAUGAGUGUCUGCGUGCGAGCAUUCUGCUUGCAUCAAAGUAUGAAAGCAUCCCACUGUGCAACUGUCUUAAGUCCCUGAGCCUGUGGAUCCUGCUUACCCUGCCGAGGGGUCUUACCCCCACUGGGCAGGCUCAGUAGUGACUCAGCCCUCAGCACGGACCAUGGUUCCCAGGCUGCAGCUGCCAGCUGUUCCAGCACAGGGUUUCCCAUCUACCUGAUAUAUAUCUUGAUUCAUAGAAAUAAAAUAACAUGUAUUCAUGCAAAACGGUCAUUACACUGUUAGGGACUCAAUCUCACAAUUGUCACAAAUCUCCCAUCUGACUUGGUGGCAACGAGCCUGGUGUUUCUCAUUAAAGAGUUGAAAGGAGCAUUCUGGAGCAUUUUGACCAUCAUGGGUUUUGAGAAUGGGUGGCCAGUGAUUAACUGAAAUCAUUUUACAGUAGGGAUCCAUUCAUUAUUAAUUAUUUAAUAAAUUCAUUAUUACAUUUUUGUCUAGAAGUCAACACCACUACAUUCAUGUCAGCAUUUUCUCGGUUAAACCAAGAGAUUUAGAGCAUAUUGGCAUUUAUUGGGAUGACUCAUGUACGAGGUCACAGCCACAAAGUCAUACAAUCUGAUUUUAAACUUAACUUUAACAACACUGCUAACCUUAUGCAUAAACCUAACAUUAAAUUAAGACAAAAGGCACAUUUUUGUUUUCAUGAAAUGGUACAAUAUAUAGGCAAUUUUUUCUUUGCAGCAGGCGCAUCUACUGGGAAUCGCUCAGCUCUGCCUCCGGGACAACAUUCCUCCCAAUAAACAUCAACCUGC